AUGUUGUUGUUGGUGGCGGCGGCGAGCGGAGCCGGAGGAGCCGCCGCAAAGAUGGAGGAGCCGUCGAGGAGGCGCUGCCGCUGCUGCCGCCGCCGCUGCUGCCGCCGCCGCCCGCGAAGCCGGAGCUCGAGCCGCAGGGGGGAUGCCGUUCUGAGUGCCUGACUGCCUCGCCCCGAAGGAUGGCCUCUGAUGGGCAUUAGAGGCACAGCUGCCCCGGGCUCCUGUCCCGUCCGUCUGUCUGUUUUCGUCUGUCUCUCUUGACAUCACCGCAGCUCCACCCCCUCCCGUCCCAGCCCCCAACGCCAGCUUCCUGUGGGCCCAGAGCCGGCAUGAACUCUCCCACCGAGUCGGGAGGCAGUGGGCUGUGGUGGUUAGCACUCAGACUGGAGCCUCAGACAUCCCGGCCUUACCAUUUAAGCAGCUGUAUGACCUAGAGUGAGUGACUUCAUCUCUGCCUCAGUUUCCCCAUCUGCACCUAUCUCCUGAGGUCAUCGUGCAGAGUAAACGAGAUGGGAUGUCAGGCCGGGAACCAUCCUUGGAAAUCCUGCCUCGGACCCCUCUACACGGCAUCCCUGUGGCAGUGGAGGUGAAGCCGGUGCUGCCGGGAGCCAUGCCCAGCUCCAUGGGGGGCGGGGGUGGAGGCAGCCCCAGCCCCGCGGAGCUGCGGGGUGCCCUGGCGGGCCCUGUGGACCCCUCACUGAGGGAGCAGCAGCUGCAGCAGGAGCUCCUGGCGCUCAAGCAGCAGCAGCAGCUGCAGAAGCAGCUCCUGUUCGCCGAGUUCCAGAAACAGCAUGACCACCUGACGCGGCAGCAUGAGGUCCAGCUGCAGAAGCACCUCAAGCAGCAGCAGGAGAUGCUGGCGGCCAAGAGGCAGCAGGAGCUGGAGCAGCAGCGGCAGCGGGAGCAGCAGCGGCAGGAAGAGCUGGAGAAGCAGCGGCUGGAGCAGCAGCUGCUCAUCCUGCGAAACAAGGAGAAGAGCAAAGAGAGUGCCAUCGCCAGCACUGAGGUGAAGCUGAGGCUCCAGGAAUUCCUCUUGUCGAAGUCAAAGGAGCCCACACCAGGCGGCCUCAACCAUUCCCUCCCACAGCAUCCCAAAUGCUGGGGAGCCCACCAUGCUUCUUUGGACCAGAGUUCCCCUCCCCAGAGUGGCCCCCCUGGGACGCCUCCCUCCUACAAACUGCCUUUGCUUGGGCCCUAUGACAGCCGCGAUGACUUCCCCCUCCGCAAAACAGCCUCUGAACCCAACUUGAAAGUGCGUUCGAGGCUAAAGCAGAAGGUGGCUGAGCGGAGAAGCAGUCCCCUCCUGCGUCGCAAGGAUGGGACAGUCAUUAGCACCUUUAAGAAGAGAGCUGUUGAGAUCACUGGUGCUGGGCCUGGAGUGUCGUCCGUGUGUAACAGCGCACCAGGCUCCGGCCCCAGCUCUCCCAACAGCUCCCACAGCACCAUUGCUGAGAAUGGCUUUACUGGCUCAGUCCCCAACAUCCCCACUGAGAUGCUCCCCCAGCACCGGGCCCUCCCUCUGGACAGCUCCCCCAACCAGUUCAGCCUCUACACGUCUCCCUCUCUGCCCAACAUCUCCCUAGGGCUGCAGGCCACAGUCACUGUCACCAACUCGCACCUCACGGCCUCCCCGAAGCUGUCAACGCAGCAGGAGGCCGAGAGGCAGGCCCUCCAGUCCCUGCGGCAGGGUGGCGCGCUGACGGGCAAGUUCAUGAGCACAUCCUCCAUCCCCGGCUGCCUGCUGGGCGUGGCGCUGGAGGGUGACACCAGCCCCCACGGGCAUGCCUCCCUGCUGCAGCAUGUGCUGCUGCUGGAGCAGGCUCGGCAGCAAAGCACCCUCAUCGCUGUGCCACUCCACGGGCAGUCCCCGCUGGUGACAGGUGAACGUGUGGCCACCAGCAUGCGGACAGUGGGCAAGCUCCCGCGGCACCGGCCCUUGAGCCGCACUCAGUCCUCCCCGCUACCCCAGAGCCCCCAGGCCCUGCAGCAGCUGGUCAUGCAGCAGCAGCACCAGCAGUUCCUGGAGAAACAGAAGCAACAGCAGCUGCAGCUGGGCAAGAUCCUCACCAAGACUGGGGAGCUGCCACGGCAGCCCACCACCCACCCCGAGGAGACAGAGGAGGAGCUGACUGAGCAGCAGGAGGCCUUGCUUGGGGAGGGGGCCCUGACCAUCCCCCGGGAAGGCUCCACGGAGAGUGAGAGUACGCAGGAAGACCUGGAGGAGGAGGAAGAGGAGGAGGAGGAGGAGGAGGAAGAGGAGGAGGAGGACUGCAUCCAGGUCAAGGACGAGGAGGGCGAGAGCGGCACCGAGGAGGGGCCCGACUCGGAGGAGUCCAGUGCUGGUUACAAGAAGGUGUUCUCAGAUGCCCAGCAGCUGCAGCCCCUUCAGGUGUAUCAGGCACCCCUCAGCCUGGCCACUGUGCCCCACCAGGCCCUGGGCCGUACCCAGUCCUCACCUGCUGCCCCUGGGGGCAUGAAGAGCCCCCCAGACCAGCCCACCAAGCACCUCUUCACCACAGGUGUGGUCUACGACACGUUCAUGCUGAAGCAUCAGUGCAUGUGCGGGAACACACACGUGCACCCUGAGCAUGCCGGCCGGAUCCAGAGCAUCUGGUCUCGGCUGCAGGAGACAGGCCUGCUUAGCAAGUGUGAGCGGAUCCGGGGUCGCAAAGCCACACUGGACGAGAUCCAGACGGUGCACUCCGAAUACCACACCCUGCUCUAUGGGACCAGCCCCCUCAACCGACAGAAGCUUGACAGCAAGAAACUGCUUGGCCCCAUCAGCCAGAAGAUGUAUGCCAUGCUGCCUUGUGGGGGCAUUGGGGUGGACAGUGACACUGUGUGGAACGAGAUGCACUCCUCCAGUGCCGUGCGCAUGGCAGUGGGCUGCCUGGUAGAGCUGGCUUUCAAGGUGGCAGCAGGAGAGCUCAAGAAUGGAUUUGCCAUCAUCCGGCCCCCAGGACACCACGCAGAGGAAUCCACAGCCAUGGGAUUCUGCUUCUUCAACUCUGUAGCCAUCACAGCCAAACUCCUACAGCAGAAGCUGAACGUGGGCAAGGUUCUCAUCGUGGACUGGGACAUUCACCACGGCAAUGGCACCCAACAAGCGUUUUACAAUGACCCGUCUGUGCUCUACAUCUCCCUGCAUCGCUAUGACAACGGGAACUUCUUUCCAGGCUCUGGGGCUCCUGAAGAGGUUGGCGGAGGGCCAGGUGUGGGGUACAAUGUGAACGUGGCAUGGACGGGAGGUGUGGAUCCCCCCAUCGGAGAUGUGGAGUACCUAACGGCCUUCAGGACAGUGGUGAUGCCCAUUGCCCACGAGUUCUCACCUGACGUGGUCCUGGUCUCUGCCGGGUUUGAUGCUGUUGAGGGACACCUGUCUCCACUGGGUGGCUACUCUGUCACCGCCAGAUGUUUUGGCCACUUAACCAGGCAGCUGAUGACGCUGGCAGGGGGCCGGGUGGUGCUGGCCCUGGAGGGAGGCCACGACUUGACCGCCAUCUGUGAUGCCUCUGAGGCCUGUGUCUCAGCUCUGCUCAGCGUGGAGCUGCAGCCCUUGGACGAGGCAGUCUUGCAACAAAAGCCCAACAUCAACGCAGUGGCCACGCUAGAGAAAGUCAUCGAGAUCCAGAGCAAACACUGGAGCUGCGUACAGAGGUUCGCUGCUGGUCUAGGCCGUUCCCUGCGGGAGGCCCAGGCAGGGGAGACGGAGGAGGCUGAGACUGUGAGCGCCAUGGCCUUGCUGUCGGUGGGGGCCGAGCAGGCCCAGGCUGCUGCAGCCCGGGAGCACAGCCCCAGGCCGGCAGAGGAGCCCAUGGAACAGGAGCCUGCCCUGUGACACCCUGGCCCCCGUCCCUCUGGGCUUCAUCAUUGUGAUUUUGUUUAUUUUUUCUAUUAAAAACAAAAAGUCACACAUUCAACAACGUGUGCUGUGUGGGUCUCUCAGCCUCGCCCCCCCCUGCUCCUCUAAGCCGCCUCAGGCCUCCUGCCCAACUCCCCCCAGCAAGACCCACGUCUCCACUCUAGAAGUUUCCUCCCCCUGAAAGGUACGGGGGUACCCUUUCCAGCCUCACCUCCAUGCUGUGUCCCGUACCCGCUUCUCUGCAUUCUGUCCUUUUCCACCUUGGAGACUGGGCCGGCUUAAAGUGGGUGUGGGGCCCAGAUAGUACCUUCUAGUUUUGGAGUCUCGCUAAGUGAGGAGGGAACAGUAAGUUUGGUGCCUUGGCUUCAGCUAACUGGGGGAAAUGCCUUAAUUUCACCCUCCUCCCCUCUCCAACCUCAGGGGAAGAUCCAGAAGGUUGCUCUACAGUCUAAGAUACAGAGUGGAGGGGAGGUGGGCUCCCACCCCGCGAUUCCCCACCCUUUUCCCUCUUUGUUGUCCUCACCAUCUCUGCAUAGACCCCUUCUCCUCCUCCUUUCUCCUGGCCUCAGCACCGGGGGAAGACUUGUGCCCUAGGAUGUGGGCCUGUGGUCUGUGGGCAGGGCUGUCUGGCCUCAUACUCCUCAGGACCUCUUUGCCCUUCCCAGGGGUUGGAGAGGGUCAAAGUGUGUGGGGAGGGAUGGGGCUGGACUCCUGGGUUCGGAGGGACCAGGAGGAGUCUUAGAACCAGGCUUGCUCUCAGCCUUACUCUGUGGGCUUCCCUGCCCCUCUGCUGGCACAGCCUGGGGACGGGGAGGUGGUCCCUGCAAGGGCCGGGGGUGGUGGAGCCUCCAGGCUGGUGAGAGCCCCCUUGCUGUUCAGGACCAGAUUUCCCCAGCUAUCCAGUGGUCACUGGCCCACCUCCCUUCUGGGGCCUUUUACGUUGAAGCCUGGGGAUGGUGAGAGUGGGGUUUCUAGAAGGGGGCAGGGCCAGAACCCAGGAGUCUGCCCUCACCUGUAGCUUCCCUUCCUCCUGGGCUGCCUCUCCUGGCCACUAGCCCAAGGGAGCUAAGACCAGGAGAGGCUGGGGGCCUGCAAGGCCUAGGGAAUGCCGUCUAGCCUGUAGGAAACCAAAGAUGGGAAGUGGCUCCUAGGGGGCUGCGUCUUCCUCGGUCCUCUUGUCAACACCACAUACGCUUUUCUGCCCCAUCCCGAGGGCCCCCCCCCGCCCACCGUCUGUUUACAUAUUAUCCUAAUGGGGGCCUGAGUAGGGUUGAGGGAGCCAGGGGAGGGGCAGGAGCCCCACCACCACUGGUUCGUUGCGUGCUUGUGUCCUGUGUGUUGUUAGUGUAUUCUAGAUCCUCCUGGGGGAUGUGGAUGGGGCUAGGCCCAGUGUACCAGGCCUCUCCAUGCCGAGCCCCAGCUCCAGGCCCUUCUCUCUCUCCCAUGGCUGGUCUGGUUCUCAUGUAAACCCACUCCUUGCUUUGUCUCCCUGGAUAUGGAUUUCAGUUAAGUAUUUUGUAAUCUGUUAAACUGUGUGUCUUAUGUAAAUAAACUUG